UCCUCCUCAGAAUUAUUGAUCCGAUCCGAACAUUACAACCAUUGCUUAAGAAAUUACAUCAAUGGAUAUGAAUACUCUUAACAUAUCAGCAACGGUGAAUAUAUUUCGUCUUCUCGUAAGACCGAAAUUGAUUUUACCUCAAGCAACCGUUUCCACAUUCAACCACCUGCCGAUACCUCUCAACUCGGCUUUUGAUAAAUACAAAAAUGCUGAUAUUAGAGCUGUAGUGUUGGACAAGGAUAAUUGCUUCGCAUAUCCUAAAUCCAAUGACAUACACGAACCUUACAAUGAAACUUUUAAGAAACUUCGGGAAGCUUAUCCAGGUCGGCGGCUUCUGAUUGUUUCUAAUACAGCAGGUGCUGAAUCUUUAGAUCGUUCUGGCAAGCUGGCUGUUGAAGUUGAGAAGUCUACAGGCGUCACAGUCUUAUCUCACGCUUCUAAGAAGCCCGGAUGCGGUCCUGAUAUUAUGGAAUACUUUUCGAAGUAUCCCGAGACCGGAGUUACCAGACCAGAUCAGAUAGCAGUUGUCGGGGAUAGACUCACCACUGAUGUUAUGAUGGCAAACCUCAUGGGAAGUUAUUCCAUAUGGAUCAAAGAUGGAGUUGUGCCAGUGGAGGAAACAAGUGUGUUUGCAAGGUUAGAGCAGAAGUUCGCUGGAUUUUUGAUUCGACGAGGUUACGAGGCGCCAGAGCCAGUAAGUCCAUUCGAGAAGUAGACUUGCAUAGUUUAUUACUCAUCUGCAAUGAUGCAUUGCUUUCUAAUCAAAAUAAAUCUUACCUUACUCUACCUUGACCUCUCCCUUCUCGCAAGUAAAUGUGCAGAAGCUACCAUUAUAGUACACUAGUUGUGUUGAUGGUACUCACAUGGGGAUAACGAGAAACAGUCAGGGGAGCAGCUGGUGGUCCAAGAUCAUCAAGCAGAAGCGAGGGAAGGAGUAGUGAUGCUCCUUUAACUAGGACUGCUAGUGGUAACCGGAUACCUCCACAGCUUCAAAAUGCUUGAUCUGUUGGACUAGUUGAAUCAAUUUGGCCAAGACUAUAUCGGAUGAGAAUUAAAAGUUCAGCCUAAACAUACAGAGGUUUAUUAAGGCUGCCCAAGUAAUUCUCAAUCUGGUGAUAUGAAGAAAAAGGAGCCCGAUUGGUAUGGAACGGUGGAGAUGUCACUUGCCAUCGUCCUGAUAGACGAGACAAACACACGAGCAACCGACAAACGUAGGCAGCUUGAUUAUGAUGUGUCUAAGAGAAUGAUACCAUUCUCACCAGAUCAACUUUGACCAACGAGUACAAUACGAACGCAACAUAUUUCUCUUUUUUUCAAAUCAAUUCUUGUGCUCCACUCCUCGUAUCGUAUGCUUCUUGGUAUUUUCCGCGCGAUUAUCACCACAUCGGCUUUUUUGAAAGAUGUCCGAAGUUAAAACAGCUUUACAAAACAUGAAGCGAUAUGUCUACUGAACAACCUAUAGGAGAUUGAUUGUGGUUGCUUGGAAACCCACAUGCAUCAAUUAAUGUUUAGCUUUCCAUCCCCAUUAUUACCGGAGAACUGGGAAUCUGCAAUCUCCCGUCAUAUGACUACAAUACUUUGCAAAGACUUGUGACGAAGUUUGUAAUUCUGCAUAUUGCAAGCCAUCAUUGACGCCAUUGUUAGAUAUCAAAUAAGAUUUCUAAGUAUGUUCCAUGUUGGAUCUUUC